CUUGGGCUGUUGUCAUAACAACAAAUUUUAAAAACAUGGGCGGACUAACGCCGCCCAAGCAGCCUUCAGCUUCACAAAUGCGACAAAAAGCGCUAAAAUGCACUGUCGAGGUGGAUAUCCAAUCUAUAACUUGUCCAGGGGUGGUGCUACCAUCCCAAGAAGACAUUUAUGUGAGUGUUCGGAUAAUGGGCCAGUAUCAGAAGUCCAAGUGUGUUCCUCCAGUUUUCCCUCUGCUGCUGCAUGAAAAAAUGGUGUUUGUGAAGACCUUUGUGGAAGCAGUUGAUCCGGGUGCUGUAGCUGAGCAUCUGGAAAAUGAUACAACAUCUUUAGAGCUCAUUCAGCUCGUUCCUCCAGAGGGUGAGAUCCUGGCCACGUUUGAAGAAGACACCCGGGAGUUUCUGUAUCCAGGCCCUCGUUUGACUCCCAGAAGCCCCGGCCCAGAGAGAGAGAUUCUGAUGAAGAGAUCCAUCUCCUUCCCCGGAAUCUCUCCCAAAGUGGAGUUUUCAACGACGUCUAUUAUUGAGGAGUGUGAUGUGAAACAUGGUCAGCCUGCCAUGUCUAGUAUGCAAACACCACAAGAGCGUCACUACCAGGAGCAGAAAGUGUCCGACUUGACGUUUUCAGUUCCGCCCCCGACUGCAAGCGGCUACUCUUGCCGAUCAGUCUGCGCAGCACUGCAUGAUGUCAACCAUACCUCUGAUGUCCCUAUCCAGUCAUGUGGUCGUUCCUCAACUAAACCCUGUCAUGUAAGAACUUCCCCUGCAAACUCAAAGAAGAAGAAGAAGCCAGACGCAGCGCCAUCCAGUGGAUACAAAAAGCCAACGGUGGCAUCCCAAAGCCGCGCUCCUUCACCCUACACCCACCGCAAGAUGUGUCAGCUGUCUGAGGAGGCAGGACAACGACUCAGCCACCUCAAACUUGGGCCCUACACAUUUAAAAAAGAGACGGUCCCUCAGGCUCCAUUUGUGGUGCCCCGAAGCCCAAACACGUCUCUGAUGGAAACCUCCAUGUGUCUAACAUCUCAGUCUUCUCCUAAAAGAAGCCCCCUACGUCUGCAGUCAAGGAGCUACACCACAGACUUCACAGGUCACUAUGAUCGCUCUAUCCGUGGAAGUUUGAGAUCAAACCCCUCACAUGCAUCCAUGCAGGCAGCCAGAAGUUCCCCCAAAGAUCACUCCACCCCUGUGUCCAUCACCUUCAGAGAUCAGAGUCCAGUCCUGACGCGCUCUUCCCUGAAAGAACGUUUCCAGAGUUCCUCCAGUCCCUCACAGUCGGAGGAGAUCCACAAACGAGUGCAGAGAAUCCUGAACAUCCACGGACCCCGCUGCAAGCUUUCUUUUGAUGAAGAGAGUGAGGAGGAGGAGGGGGUCAGACAGAGUUUACAUGUUUCUACCCACCACGACUCAGUGAUUGACAACCGGCUACCACAGGACAGGCUUAUUCCUGGAGAACCAUCUGUUCAUUUAGACAACGGAACAUUCUGGACUAACAGAGCGGAUGCAUACACAGGAAAGCCACACAGAGCUGUGUUUGAGGACAGUUUGAGCAAAAUCUACAAGAACCUUUACAGGAAUGCAUCACAGACAGGACACAGUGGACAAAGCACCUGGACACAGUGAUCUUAAUAGAUCUAUUCAAUCAGUCAUUUAAUGGAUUAUCAAAUCAGGAAAACUGUAUGGGUGCUGGGAGUUUGACAAGAUGUUAUUUAAUUUACUACAGUACACUUUCUUUGGACUUGAUUAAUUGUGAAUCCACAGAGGUGUAAUCAGUCAGACAAUCUCUAAAAUCAUUGUCUCUGUACAAGCUGCAUGUGUUUCUUUUUUACAUGCAAUGCAUAUGAUUAUAACACUAAAAAUGGUUGUUCAAUAAUCCACUGAAAAAAAAAAUAGUUGCCUUAUAUUUACAAAGGCUAAACAAUUCUUGUUCAGGAAAGAGGACAAAAAAAAACUGAUUUGUCUUAUGAAAUUAUAAAUUAAUUUUCUUUUUAUGAAACUUGUGCUUCUUUUUGUUCAUCUUGCCAGCGGCCUGUG